CCCGGGGCCUGUCCCGUCCCGUAGGUGGUCAGGGGGAGAAAAGGGCAGCGGAGGCCGGUGCUGCAUGUCGCAUGCUCAGCGUUCGUUUCGUGUCAAAAGUGCGCGAAGUAGAGUAACUGUCCGCUCGACCCCCCCUUGGCAAAGAUGGUACUUUCCAUCUGCUGCUGCUGCUGCUGCUGCGGGCGAAACCAGAUGGUCGACGAUGUUGCUCAGCUCCCGUCGUCGCACGAGUAGGGGGCGGGGGAUGCGAUGGGAUGGGAUGGGAUGGGUCACCUCACGGCGUCAUUGUCAUUGUCAUUGUCACUGCCACUGCCACCGCCCGUCCUGACACCGGCUGCUCCUCCCGUCGCUUCCCUGCCGUGAUCGUUCUGCUCUACCCCUCUCCCCUCCCUCCCCUCCCUCCCCUCCCCUCGCUUCUUUCUCCUCGUGUCCAGAUUUGUAGACUUCAUUGAGUGCUUUCGAAAUUCUAUUUUCUCUCUGCUCCUCCGCCUCUGCGGGAGCUGCGUGCGUGCGCACUGGAGAGCAGCAGGCUCCGGUCGAAGCUGCUGAUGCCCGGCUGCCGCUCUCUGUGACUCGCGCGCGUGUGAGAGAGAGAGAGAGAGAGAGAGAGAGAUCGUCGAGGCUGCCGAGGCUACGGAUGAAUUGCGGACUCGCAUCUGAUUUCGAAUUGGGUUGAGCAUAUGGUCUUCGAGUUGUUUUCGUUCGGCUCCAAGCGCACAGCAGCAAUUUAGCGGGGCUUGUUUCCUGGUGGUGGGAUUGAUUAUGAUGCGGUUUUGGGUUGCCGGUUUGGCUUUCUUGACCUGACGACUCGGGGAGUCUUGUCUGAGGGAGCAGGAGCAGACAGAGAGCGCAAGGGAAGAUGUUCCGAGUGGUCGGAGCUGUAGUAGCUGCGUACGCGGGGUACAAGUAUGGGGACGAUGUGGUCAAGCUCCUGCAAAAGAGGAACCAAAAAGCGCGCAUCACAGCUGCUGCUGCUGCGGCUGCUCGCAAAUCGCUGCAGAUAGAUGUGGACACGGAAGAGGACGACCAAUUUCACUACACGGACGAGAUUUUUAAUGGCGACUCCGACGAGUCGACGAGCCUGAGAAAAUCGAGACACAGUUUUGCCAAAGAACGACGACGGAGUCACGACACCGAAGUGAACGACAUUCCUCUGUACGAGAGAGGCGGCGUCAAGGGCGACAAUGUAGAGCACCUGGGAUUUCGUAGAAGCCGCAGCGGCAACGUGAGCGAAAAGGCCUACACUUUGGACAUUCCAAUUCAUCCCUCUAGCAGGAAACGAGACUCGCUGCAGGAGAACGAAGGGGAAUCUGUCGUCAAAGAAGCCGUCCACGUUCCCGCCGAGGACUCGCAGGAAUUGCGCAAUGUGGAACCGAUCAAGAAAUGGCGGAGACUGUCUUUGGAAGGCGAGGAGAAGGUGCCAUCAGAGCUGCUCCGAGGUCUCCGCUCGAGAUUCUCUUUCGAAGCUGACGACAGAGACCUGGCUGAUCACUUCCGGGACCUUCGACGAAGUGGAGGAAAUGGUGGAAAUGGUGGCGUUUUGUAUGCCCGGCAGAACGUGAAUGUACCCCACAGCAAAACAGACUUAGAGGGCGAUAAUCGUCGUGAUAAGGAUCAGGAGCAGGAGCAGGAGCAGGAGGUUGAGUACGAGCUAUGUGGAGCUAAGGACCCCAUUUUUGAGUCCGAAGCAGAACUUAAAGAUCGAAUCAGGGACGUCCAGCUGAGGACAGGGGGCCUCAACAAUGCCGCAGAGUGGUCGUCCGAAUUGCUUACGACUCAACAGCUCAAAGAUGAAGAUCUCGAAGAGAUCGACUGCAUGUCGGAAGAGAUAUACAGUAAACUGCACAAUGAAAUUGUAGGAAAGACCGAGAAACCUAUCGAAAAACUAGCCAAUAAGCUCGCCAAAAUGAAGGUCGAACGAACGAGUAGUCACGUCGAUCUGAACUCCAGACCGGAGAGUACUAGCUCCGCCGAUCAGGACGCGGCAAGGAACGACCCCAAUUUCCGAAGAUGGACUUCCUUGCGAACAGGCAACAAUGGGCGCAUUGUGUUUUGGCACAGUCUAGGCAAGCUGUAUGACUACUUGACUGGCGAAGCUCUCGUGAACGUGGAGGCCCUGGAUGUCACUCGAGGUGUUUCGUUAGGUCCCGACGUCAUGCAUCAGCUGUCAGAGCGGUUUUUCCUCUUCAGAGAUAGGGAUUCCAACGAGGUUCUAAGCGAAUUCAAAGGAGUGCCCGUGAAGCCUGUCCGUCACAGCUUCUCUUACACAUGGAACGCUUCCCAAACAUUCAACAGGGGUGCAAAUGGGUCCGAAUCCAAGUUUGAGCGACUGAAAGUAAACGUGGUGGCCAUGAAGCAACCAAAUGACUCCUCGAAAAUGUCGUUCAACUGUCGCAUUAGUCUUACUGUUGACAUCAAUGAAGGCAAAUUCCAGUGGCACGAGAUAGGCGAUUAUGACUUCAACGAGGUCAGCGCUGAGCAGGAAGAGCUGCAUCGCUGCACCAUGCUGUACAUGGGAGCCAUACCCCCUUUGUCUCACAUCGCAGUCAUGCACCUCUCGGGUUGGAGGGUGGACGACUUCAAUCUUCUACCAUCCUCGAUAAGAGAACACGUUCAAUUGCAAGACAUAUCUUGGAUCGGGCAACCAUGAUUUGGGCAACAUAAACAUCAACUAAUUUAACCGCUUGUACCAUUAGCCAUCACAAAACGUGAUAGCUUGAUCUCUGAAAUCUUGGAGCAGAACAAGUCUGAUCUCCAAAGGAACUGCGCUUCCUGGUAGAUGCUGGGGUACCGAUCCUGUGGCAUCGUCAAUCACUAGAGUGGACUUGUUGUGUCAUUCUGUACAGGAAUUCGUACGCGUUUGGGCGAAUCCAGUCUGAAAUAUUUAGAUUUGUUUCGUCCUCUUUGUAAGUCGGAACAAUCCCGGUUUGUGGGAGUUGAAUCCGAGGCAUUUGGAUUGAGGACACUGCAGUGCUAGCUCAGGUUCGAGUAGGAGUGGAAGAGCAGUUUGCAGUUCAACGUUGUUGUACUUGAGAUCUGCAUGUAAUCAUAUGCCGGCAAUUUUGUCAUCCGUCCUUCGUGGACCAAAUCAAAUGGCUGGACUUGUCCUAGCCUUUACUUUACCUUG